AUGGAUUAUUCAAUAAUUACUCGAUUAGAAGAUUUACCUGUAGAAGUUUUAAUGGAAAUAUUUGUUUAUUUUACACCUAGUGAAAUCUAUUUAUCAUUCUCACAAUUAAAUAAUCGUCUUAAUUUAAUUCUCAAAUCGUCACCGAACUUGGUUCUUGUCAUACAACGACAUUUAGAUCCUUCUGUCCUCUCUUUCUUCUAUUCAUUUAACAAAAUCCUCAUGAAAUUUUCUGGUUUAUAUAGUCAUGGUUGUGAUUGUCAAUCCCAUUCGAUAAAUGGUGGCAAUCGUUUAUAUGAAAUUUAUCCAACAUUGGAUAACGAAUGGUACUCUCGAUAUUCCAUCGAAAUCGAAAAUAUUAUUCAACCUGAUAUUUAUUCUCGAUUGCAAUCAUUAGUUUUACCAGUUACUCCACCGAAAUUGACACAACUCAUAUUUAGUGGUAUAUUUUCCCGUUUAAGAUUCUGUCAUCUUGGUAAAUGCAAACCAAUCACACUUCCAUUAUCGAUGACUAAUCAACAGCUAAAUUUUCGUCAAUUAACCAUACGAGAACAAAAUGGUCAUGAAUUAGAAAGAAUAUUAUUGGUUUGUUCUUCUUUGGUGUAUCUUGAUUUCUCAUGUAAUAAUAUUCCUCCAUUUAUUUUAAUAAAUCAUUGUUUUCCAUGUAUGAAAUAUCUUCGACUUGGUCGUCUUAAAAAUUUCUUUUUUCACAAUGGUCAAUUUGAUUUUCUUCUUUCACUCUUUCCAAAUCUUCUACAAUUCUCUUUAACUGUUGAUCAAUGUCGUGAACAUGUUGAAACCAUCCAAUUUCGAGAAAUUUCAAAUUAUCUACGCCAUCGAUGUCCGUUACUGAAAAUAUUGGUUUUACGUAUUUAUAUGCAAGGACAUAUGCGUUCCUCUUAUUAUAUAGGUAGUUUUAAGGAGAUCACCAAGAUGCAUUCUCUUUUCAAUUAUAUCGAAAAAUGUGACUCACGUCUAAUGAUUAGUUCGCAUGGUUUUAUUCAACAUCAUGUUUAUACGCGUCGAUAUGCUCGUCCUUCAUUUAAAUAA